UGCCGCCUGCUAAGAAGCUUGCUUAUGCUCUCCAUAGAUGGGCCCAUGGGGACUCGCACUGGCACAGUUCAUCCACGUAUGGGAUGGGGAAAACCAGUGGCAUACGUGCAGUGAAAGAGGUGGCGGAUGCCAUUCACGCCACGUAUCCACAUGCAGUUGGUUUCGGUGGACUAGAGGAUCGUCACCGUCGAAUGCAGCAGUUUGAGGCAUUGGGUUUUCCUAAUUGCUGGGGGUGCAUUGACUGCACACAUGUGUACGUCGACAAGCCACGAACGAAGGACGGCGACGACUAUUGCUCCGGUCGUAACAACCGGUUCUCAGUUGUUGCGCAACUCGUGGUCGAUUCCGAGCUGCAUGUCCUCGAUUUUUGCUACGGCUUUCCGGGGACUGUCGGCGAUGCACGUGUUCUGAAGAACACGUCGCUGUACAGGCGAGCCCUGAAAGGGUCGUUGUUCGUCGACGACCCUGAAGACCCCUUCCGUGCUCAGAGGCCUUCCAUCAGCGGUGUUCCUGGAGGGUACUUGCUUGGUGAUGGCGGGUACCCCAAUCUUCCUUGGCUUGUGAUCCCAUACGGCCGACAGCCCCGGCUGACGAGGGCCAUGCAACGCUUCGAUGCUCUUCACAAGAUUGUCAGGUCUUGUGUUGAGCGAUUCUUUGGGGUAUUCAAAAUGCGUUUCCAGUACUUCUAUCGGCCGCAUAUAUGUGACAUUGCAACAGAGAGGUUGGAGUUCCGUGCGUGUUGCAUAAAUCAUAACCUCCUUCAGGAUUGGGGUGAUUUGCCGGAGGCGGACCGCGAAGACAGCGAUUCAUCGUGUCUUGAAGGUCCACCACCCGAUGUUGACAGGCGUGUGGAUGGUGCCCCUCUAGAACACAUGUUUGGAAGGGAGCGUGGGCAGGCCGUGAGGGACGCACUUUGUACGGAGGUCUUGCGUUUGUGGGAACUGUGCCGUUCGCAGGCCUUGUGCUACGCCUACGAAAGAUGCGCAAUCUUAGAUAGUUUGGAGAAGACUGAGAAGGAGGUCGAGCGCUUACACCGUUUCUUGGUUGAUAGGGGUGACAGCAUCACGGUGACAUUGCGGAAUGGGAGGUCGGUAAGUGAAAACGACAUCUCUCUGGAGAACAUACAUGCCCGUAGAUGGGCGGCUUCAGUGUUGAAGUGGGUGCAAGACUUGCGGAACGCGUUGCGGCAAUGUUGUGACGACCUUGUUGUUCAGAACAUGCAGAUACGGCGGCAGAAGGAGGAGGAGCAGAAGGAGAAGAAGGAGAAGAAGGAGCAGAGGGAGCAGAAGGAGGAGAAGGAGCAGAAGGAGCAGAAGGAGCAGAAGGAGCAGAAGGAGCAGAAGGAGCAGGAGGUGCAGGAGCAGGACGAGAAGCAGGAGGAGGAGAAGGAGAAGGAGAAGAAAGAGGAGAAGGAGCAGAAGGAGCAGAAGGAGGAGAAGAAGAAGGAGAAGAAGGAGGAGAAGAAGCAGAAGGAGAAGGAGAAGAAGGAGCAGAAGGAGAAGAAGGAGAAGAAGGAGCAGAAGGAGGAGAAGGAGCAGAAGGAGGAGAAGAAGGAGGAGGAGAAGAAGAAGAAGGAGAAGAAGGAGAAGAAGAAGAAGAAGAAGAAGAAGAAGAAGAAGAAGAAGAACAAGAACAAGAGGAAGAAGAACAAGACGAAGACGAAGAAGAAGAAGAAGAAGAAGAAGAAGAAGAAGAAGAAGAAGAAGAAGAAUGAGGAGGAGGAGGAGAAGGAGGAGAAGGAGGAGAAGAAGAAGGAGGAGAAGAAGGAGAAGGAGGAGAACUUGAAGGAGAAGAAGAAGAAGAAGAAGAAGAAGAAGAAAAGGGUUAAGAGGAUGUAGUGUAGCCAACUUUGAUAUGGGUUUUCUACACUUCCAGCACUUUGCGAA